AUGGAAAGAUUACAGAGACUUUUGGGCCAGACCGGCGGCAUGGGCGGGCCGCCACCCACCGACGCGCCAGCCAUUGACAACGCGGAGACAGUGUACAUAUCAUCGCUCGCGCUCUUGAAGAUGUUGAAACACGGCCGUGCGGGGGUGCCGAUGGAGGUUAUGGGGCUCAUGUUGGGCGAGUUUGUGGACGAGUUCACGGUGCAUGUGACGGAUGUGUUUGCGAUGCCGCAGUCGGGGACGGGGGUAUCCGUGGAGGCGGUGGACGAUGUGUUCCAGACGAAGAUGAUGGAUAUGUUGAGACAGACGGGGCGUGAUGAGAUGGUGGUUGGGUGGUACCACUCGCAUCCGGGGUUCGGGUGCUGGUUGUCGUCAGUGGAUAUCAACACGCAGCAGUCGUUCGAACAGUUGAAUAAGCGCGCGGUGGCGGUGGUAAUCGACCCGAUCCAGUCGGUCAAGGGGAAGGUGGUGAUCGAUGCAUUCAGACUCAUCAACACCGCGACGUUGAUGAUGGGCCAGGAGCCGAGACAGUCGACGUCCAAUGUGGGGCACUUGAACAAGCCAUCCAUCCAAGCGUUGAUCCACGGCUUGAACCGCCACUACUACUCCAUGAACAUUGACUACCGCAAGACGCCGAAUGAGGUGGACAUGUUGUUGAACUUGCACAAGAAGGAGUGGCAGUCUGGCUUGAGAAUGGAGGGCUAUUCCCACAAGGAACAGUGCAACGAGGAGGCCGCGCACAAGAUGGUCAAAAUCGCUGAACAGUACUCGCAGCGCAUUCAGGAGGAGAAGGAGUUGACCGAGGAGCAGUUAGCUACGCGUUACGUGGGGAAGCAGGACCCGAAGAAGCAUUUGAGCGAGACAGCAGAGAAGCGGAUUGAAGAGAAUGUAGUUUCGGUAUUGUCUGGAAAUGUGAACACGCUUGCGAUUCAGUAG